AUAUUUAGUAAUACGUUUACGUAGCUAAUAAAAUCAGUUGAUGGAGCGCACUUAAACUGGAUUUAUCUAAUCCAGUAUUUAAUAAAUAUCGAUAGUGGAGACGUAAAUGCCGCCAACCUAAAAUCCAUCUGCGGUAUAUUCAAGCAAUUGAUGUCGCAUACUUAUUCAUAGGUUAUGUAUGUACAUUAAAUUUGUCAUAGUGUUGUAUAACCUGGAAUUUAGCAACAUAAGCGAGUAUUAAAACGCGUGACGUAAUUAAUGGAGUUGUAACUUCGUCUGUGUUUAUCUUGCGAAAUUGUUGUCAAUUUGAGAAAUAACUUCUGGGCGUCAGCAAGCAAUGUAAAACGUGGUCUAAAGAGAGAGUCUUUGUAAAUAAGAGGUUCUAAAAUUUCUGGUGAAAUGAAGCAAUCCACUCUGCCAAAAGGUUGGAAAGUGGUCACCUCGAAGAGCCACCCGGACAGAGUUUAUUAUUUCAAUGUCAAAACAAAUAAGUCAUCGUGGCGUCUUCCACAAGAAAAGGAUGAAAUGACAACGCCAAAGCAGGGAAGAUAUUCCAGAAAGAGAAACCGCGACGACGACGAGAGCGACGAUGAUGAAUCGACUCCAGCGUCGCCUCCUAUGACAUCCACGAUGGAUGACAACAGUCGUCUCGACGAGUCCGAGCAGCGUAGGAAGUUACAGGGGAAGCGUUCUCGGCAACAGAAAUCCGUUGCUGAGAAUACUUUAGUAACGGAUACUUCUCGGGUACGCGAAAAGAAGAGGAAGAACUUGGAAAUUGGUGCGAGCAGUGACGAUAAAUUAACGGCACCUGAUGACAAGGACGAUGAUGGCGCUCAAAGCGAAUCUGAACAGCGUUCGGUAUUACGGGCGAAACGUAUCCAGAAGCCUGAAUCGGUAGAGAACACUCCACGGAAGAGUAAGAGGAAGCAGGAGAGUGCAGACGGUGACACGAGCAACAUCGGUGAUGUUAGUUGCGUCGAUCCUAGGCUGCGUCCAAAAUUGCAGGCGAAACGGAGCAUACAGCCUCGGUCGACUUCACCAGAAAUUGAGACUCCGCAGAUGCGAGAGAUUCGUGAGAAAAUGAUUAGAAGGAUGCAGCAAGCUGCGCAAACUAAGCAAAAGCAAGGUGGAAAAAAAGGAAAACCUGCAACCUGUGUGUCACCGCCAGGAUCUCCAGAGAGGUUAGAAGUCCUGGAGCCUUUGCAAAGAGAGUCUCCGACAACGACACAAGUAACGAAGGAUACGACUGCACGGCAAGCAGUGAGUCCGAAAGGGACCAAGAGGACGAGUCGACGCAGCUCUGCAAGAUUGGUUCCAGUUCCUACUUCGGAAACAGAAUCUCCAGCUAAAGCGGGACACUCUUCGGUGUUGCCUGUAAUUGGGAAAAAGUCUAUCGUCUCUGAUGGUGGUGCUGCUCCGUUAUUAGAAAUUGAAGAUGAUGCUUCUUUGUCUAACGUGAGCACUCAUAGUGCAACAAAAACUGGUAGACGGAGCAAACAGGGCUCUCGAAGUGUGGUUAUCGCAAAGAAAACCGAUGUACCUUCUCCUGUGAAUAACAUAAUUGCCAAUGUGAACCUUACGCCGGAUAACGAGAGGAGCACUGGUACAGUAUUAAUAAGCAAAAAGGUUGGCAAAGGAGGUAAUAAUAAUUUCGACGUAUCUGUGGCUUUGAACAUCGGGACAAAUGUGGUGCCAAGGAAGAACAUCGCACAGGCACGUAUGGAAAAUCUUAGGAGAAGCCUCGAGAGGACUACUGACGACGAACCCCCAGUGCAGAAAAAAGAUAAGAGACUGUCGUUCAGUCCUAGUAAAGUUGCACCGAACAACAAUAAUUACAGAACUCCUUCAAGCUUGUACAAGAACGCAGAAGCUCGUAUGAGAUCUCUGGAAGCACGUUUGGAAAAUGGCCAGGCAUUCGAUAACUCCCAAGCGAAGAGACGUCAGCCAAGUCUUUCGACAAGUUCUCCAGCUAAUCGAUCGGUCACUUUGGAGAAUCUCAUACAACAAUGCAGCAGCGAACCAUACUACGAAGAAAUGGAGUGGGAGCCUAUCGAAGACGAAAAGAUAAUGUUCGAGGUUCAAGUCGUAAGGUCCCAGUUGUGCUCCGAUGACCCCAUGGCUUCGAAAGGUGUCCAAGAAAAUACUUUGGAUCUUUUUAACACUUCGGCUCAAAUUCCUGGCCAAGAAUUAUUCAUCGUUAUAGACACUAAUGUCUUUCUGUCGAAACUACAAGCAAUAGAAGAGGCUAGAGACGCCGUUUUCAGAACGCAUGGACGGCCUAUAAUCGUCGUGCCUUGGACUGUGAUAAGAGAAUUGGAUUACAUAAAGGACAACAAAGACUCUUCGAGAACUCAGAUUUUGCAAGCGAAGGCUCGUAGGGCUAUUAAAUUUCUGAACUUCCACUUCUCAUCGAAGCAUCCCAGAGUCAAAGGACAGACUCCGGAGGAUGUCGAAAGAAACAGGGAGAAGUUCUUCGUCGACUGUCCUGACGAUGAGAUCCUGCAGACCUGUCUACAAAUCCGCGACUUGGGGAAAACGGUCGUUUUGCUGUCCUACGAUCAGAACCUCUGCAACAAGGCGAUGAUCUACGACUUGAUAACCCUCGGAAAGCAGGAUCCUCUUGAGAAAAUAGACUUUCUGAGUGCUUCGAACAAAGAAGAGAGGACAUGGCAGGCUUCCGAUGAGCCAGAGGACUCCGAAGAGAAUGAACUCUUGCUUACCGAUGACAUUUUUGAGGAGACGAAGGCUGUCCUGAAGUCCUUUUUAACUAAAAUCGUGGCAUUGGAGAUGCAGAAGCUCUACGGCGACCUGUGGGAAAAGUACACGAUAAUUAAACCCCCUUGGUCCUGUGUCGAUGUCUUAAAAUGCGCCCUUAAACACUGGAUUGCUGCCGUAGGGGAGUCCUUUCUUAGACGAGCAGAAUCAUUGUUAAAGGAUUUAUUGCAAAUCAUACAAAAUGUCCCACCAAAUGGUCGCAAGCUUGCAGACGUUAUUGCAGUUUUAGACAAGUGCAACGAUUUGGUCCAAAUGGCGAAGGUGGAAAAAUACGCAGACCACAUAUACCGUACCUCGAAGAGUCUGGAGGAACUGAAGCAGAGAUCCGAGGGGAACACAAAGUUGAUAUCGGAGAGGAAGCUAAGAAACGAAUUUGGCUCGGUGGGGAGUUUCGAAGAACAGGAACGCAGAGCAGAAAAGGCUUUGCUCUUCAUCGAGGAACUUUAUGUCUUCGCUAGAGACGUCUGUGGGAUGGCUUGCGAAGCUUUGGGCAUGCCUUGUUCUAUUCUCUAUAAAAAGGCGAAUCCACCUAUGAGAUCGGAAGACAUCAAGGAAAUGCAACCCGAGUUGGCUGCGAAUGUGAAUCGGUUGUUGCAGACUCUGAGUGGAGCGUUAGAAGAGGUUAACCUUAUCCACAUCGACCAUCGAGCUGUUAAGGCAUUGUACCACGCGUUGGUUAAUUUCACCAUUCCUGAGAUACGGGAGAUAGAUAGAGAACUGACUCCCUUGGAUGUUUAUUGCUGCUUGAAGAACAAACAAGACACCCUGAAAAGAGGCUUGCACCAAUUACAAGAAGUCAGCGGACAUUUCUGUCGGAUGGCCAUCUUCCGGUGUACGUAAAUCUACGUACUAGUGCGCCUCCCAGUGGUCGAAUGGCGUAUUAAAUCCCCUGCAUUGUGAUAUUACAAAAGUGUAUAUUGACAUAUUUGAUAACGAUUAUUUAAACUGUUUAUGGUAGCUAUGGUAACGGACACGUCGCUGUAGUGCUACCUUACCGACGAAGGUCUUUUGUUUCUCGUUAAGACACAGCGUUACAUUGUUUAUUUUUAUAUAUUGUUUAAGUUAAGGUAUGGAAUGUUGGGCGAGAUAACAAUUGGUAGAUUAAGGCUUGUCAGAGGAAUCCGAU